ACAAUAGAAUUACAAUGGAGUAACACCUUGUGAUCCAAAUUCCUUCUCCAAAUGACUGCAGAUAAUUGCUAAAUACAAAGCACCAAUGCAGAAACAGUAUUUGUCUUCAGUAAAACAUCCAGGGUAAAAUAGCAACUUGCUGGCAGAGCAGACGUUUAUAAAGAUCUAAGCAAAAUGCUUAGAAAUACUCCUCAUUCAUCCACAAGUACAGGUCAGCCUCUCAGGAGAUGGGAAACUAGUUUGGAACAGAGCAAAGAAAGGGGGUCAGUGAACCCAAAUACUGAAGUGCAGAACUGUAAAGCAGCAGCAAGAAGGCAGAGGCAGAAAUCCAGCUGUUCAUUGGGGGCAGUAGAAAAAGUCUUGCUAAAUGAUGUCAGAAUUAUAGAUUCUCUUUAUGUUGGAGAUCUGGAGGGAGUCAUUGCUCUUCUUCCAGAUUCCAGAGCUAUUAAUGUGCAGUUGGAGAUCCAGAGUGAUGAAUUACGUUGGACUUCAAGAAAACGUGGUCUGUGGUCUCUGGAGUACAAGAGGGAACUUACAAACCCACUUUGUAUUACUGCUAGCCGAGGUUACAAGGACUGCCUCAGAUACCUGCUGGAGAAUCGAGCACAUGUAAAUGCAGCUCCAGGGGGCAAAGCAGCCUUGCACCAUGCUUGUGAAAAUGCACAUACAGAUUGUGUGGAGCUGUUAUUGGACCAUGGGGCAAAUCCCAACCUUCUGACUGAAGAUGGGCUUGCACCUCUCCACCUUUGUACUACACAUAAAUCCUUCAGAUGUGCGAAGUUGUUAUUAAAGUAUGGCGCUGUGGUUGAUCAGCCUUCUCAGGAUGACCAGGAGACACCUCUUCAUAUCGCAGCAAAACAUGGGCUUCACAAUCAUGCUCACCUCUACCUGAGAUAUGGUGCUGCGGUAAACAGCCGGAACAGCCUAGAUGAAACACCUCUCAUUAUAGCAUGUGCUAAUGCACAGAAGCUUGAAGACAUGGAGAACUUUCUCGAUAUAUGUAGAAUAAUGCUCAUAUAUGAGGCAGAUGUGAAUGCUACAGAUGAAGAACAGAAAAGCCCACUGCACAAGGCCUGCAAAAAUGCUUGUUAUGAUAUAGUCAGUCUGCUAUUAGAGUAUCAGGCUGAUGUAAAUGUCAUUGACUAUAACGGUUCCUUGCCUUUGACAUGCGUGCUACAGAAUGCAGUAUUAAAACAAGACCUAAAACCUUAUCGUACAGCACAGUGCUUACUGAAUCAUGGAUGCCAAAGAUUAUGGCCUACUUCUUUCUUGAAGGUACUGAAGUCCUGUGCAGCUGCACCUAAAACCAUUGAGAUCCUCUUCAACUCAUACCCACAAAUUAAAGUCACAGACAAAUGGGUUGAAGCUGUACCAGAAGAAAUAUAUCAGAUGCAUGAACCAUUCUACAAAUCGUUAUUUAUGCUGGCAUCUACCCCCCGUUCUCUGCAGCACUUCUGUCGUUCGGUUAUUAGGAAUCAGUUACAAAGCCAGUGUCAUUCUCUCAUUCCUCAACUUCCAGUGCCAAAAUUCCUAAUAAAGUACCUGCUGCUGGAACCAGAAGGCAUAGUUUUCUAAAGAGCUAGUUGGAGAAUUAUGAAAGCAUAUAUUUACACCUUCUGGUUUUUGGAUUCUGCUUCUAGAUGUGGUUUUGUUUCUCCUAAACUAUGGGAAGUAUAUUAUACUGCACUUCAAGAAAUGUGUUCUUCAGUUUUGUUUCAUAAUUUGAACAGGAACUGCCUGGCUGCAUAUCCUAACCAGCUACUAAUUAUGAAAAUCUGUUAAUAAUCACUUUGUACAAUUUCAUAUCUGAUAAUUAGAUACUGUAAUAUUCAAGUCAUAAGUGAAGUCUGGAAUAUUGGAGUGACUAUAUAUAUCUGCCCUUAUAGUAUCUGUAAAGCUUACAUUAUCAUAUAAACUUCAUUGGGUAAUAUUUCAUUUGUUUAUGUGCACACACACGCGCGUGCACACACACACACACACACACACACAAACACGUGAAAUUCUUUCAAAUCACAUUAUCUUACAAGAAUUCACACAUAUGCAGUAAAAAGAAAUACAAGGAUCUAUUGUACAUAAAGAAAAGACAAAAUGAUGAAUUAUGUUCUCAGACUUAUUGCAUGAAGUGCUAUUACAAUUGUGAAAUUACUUUAAACCAUGUAGCUGUAAUGAAAAUGUUGAUCGACUUUUUUACUUUUUAUUUGUUAAAUUAGCAAGUAAAAUUAAUUUUCCACCAUUAUCUGGUGUUUAUAAUAAAAUGUAGUAUGCAUAUUUAAAUGAA